GCCCCAUAGGAGAAGGAAGGCGGGUUGCAAGGGUGAAAUGGCCACGGGACCCUCUCCUUGUCCCUUCCACGUAGCUUGGGAUUUGCCUUCUCCUUUCCUGCGCCACUCUGCCCUCUUGCAAUCGCCCUUUUCCCCCUGGACUCCAUCUCCCAGCAGCCCUCGCUAAGCCCAGCAGCGGCGUUGCAUGCUGGGAGUUGGAGUCCGGCUACAUCUGGAGGUUCCCCUGCUGGAUGGAUGGGGAGGAAGGACAGGGCUCUGUUUUCUGCCUGCGCCAAGAUCCAAGAGAUCUAUUUAAUGUGUUGUGCAAGGCUUUCUUGGCUGGAAUCACAGGGUUGUCAUGAGUUUUCCAGGUCAUGUUCCAGAAGCAUUCUCUCCUGACGUUUCGCCCACCUCUAUGGCAGGCAUUGCGAGGCUGUCUGGCCAUAUUCCAGAAGCACUCCCUCCUGACGUUUCGCCCACAUCUAUGGCAGGCAUUGCGAGCUGGGUGGGCGCAUAGAUGUUUGCCAUGUGCCAACCGGAGCUGCCCCUCAAUGCGCUCUUCAGCGAAGCGAAGGGGAACUCGCAGCUGGACGUGGCCUACCUCGGAGGGAGGGACGGGAACCUCAAUUUUAUGGGCGAGGAGAAUUACGACAACAAUGAAAACUGGAACCAACACACGGAGGCCGGGAAGCUUGGGGUCAAUGCUCCAGUUGCGUCCGAUAAUCAAACACCAUUGAUGCGCAAGGAGGAAGCAAACGGUGCUCUUAGGAACGUCCAUGAGGAGGUGAAACAGGAGAGCAUGUUCCUUGCCUCGGAAGAAGAAGAGGAAGAGGAGGAGGAGGAUGAAGAAGACAUCCGAAGGCCUCCAGAAGGAGCAGAGGUCUCCAGUCCGGAGCAAGAGAAAGCCACGGCGAAGGAGAGAGUCAAAGGAAGCCGGAAGAUGGCCAGCUCUCCCUUGGAAGACAACGGUUACGCCAGCAGCUCCUUGAGCAUCGACAGCCCCGACAGCGCAAGCGCCGGCCCGUGGGAUGCACCGUCGGUCACCGCCAAGGAUUGGAAGGACACCGAGGCCGAGGACUUGUCUCCGAGCGCUGAGGCCCUCUUCCCGGCGUUGGCGGAGGCCUUCCAGAGUCUCCAGGAGAAGAAGAAGUUCAAGGAGCAGGAGAAGCAGAAGCACCGCGUCCACCUGGUGAUGUAUCGCCGCCUGGCGCUCCUGCGCUGGAUCCGCAGCCUCCAGCAGAAGGUGGUCGACCAGCAGAACCGGCUUCAGGAGAGCUUCGACACCAUCCUGGACAACCGCAAAGAACUCAUCCGGUGCGUCCAGCAAGGCAUGCCCUGCCCCAAGAACCCCGUCCAGGCCGUCCAGGCCGAGCUGUGAAGGACCUUCUUGCUCUCUGUACCUUUGUGCAAUCCUAAACCUGGUCACUCAUGGAAAGGACUGACAAAAUUCCUUAUCUGUUGUCGAAGGCUUUCAUGGCCGGGAUCACAGGGUUGUUGUAUAUUUUCCAGGCUGUACUUCUGGAACAUGGCCAUGCAGCCCGGAAAACAUACAACAACCCCAAUUCCAUAUCUUCUUGCAGGUUUAGGGUGGGAACAUUGGUGUUUGGUGGCUCCCAUGUGAGUGAAUCCAUCCUCUGGUUUCUUCGGCAUCCAGAUCCAGGUUUUGAGAGAGCUGAACCAUAGAGUUCAGGUUUCAUUUUGCACUUUAAGGAGAACUAUCCAAGGUGCUGAACUGUGUUGACCAACCCAUUCAGCGCUUCCAGAGUGGAUUUCUCACAUCAUGGAAGCCACUCAGUCACCACUGCAUGGAAGGUUUGCUUCAUUCCUUUCAAAAUAAUACCGUAUUUCAUCAUAAAAUAGUCACCACUGCAUAAUAGUCGCACCCCCAUUUUUGGGUGUCAAAAUUGUUAUUUUUGUUUUCCUCACAUAAUAGUCGCACCUCAUUUGGGGCUGAUUUUCCUUCCUUUCUUCCGUCCUUCCUUCCUUCCUUCCUUCCUUCCUUCCUUCCUUCCUUCCUUCCUUCCUUCCUUCCUUUCCUCCUCUGAAUGGAGGUCUCUGAAACUCCAUCACCACUGCAUAAUAGUCGCACCCCCAUUUUUGGGUGCCAAAAAUGUUAUUUUUGUUUUCCUCACAUAAUAGUCGCACCCCAUUUGGGGCUGAUUUUCCUUCCUUCCUUCCUUUUUUCCUUCCUUCCUUCCUUCCUUCCUUUCCUCCUCCAAAUGGAGGUCUCUGAAACUCCAUCACCACUGCAUAAUAGUCGCACCCCCAUUUUUGGGUGCCAAAAUUGUUAUUUUUGUUUUCCUCACAUAAUAGUCGCACCCCAUUUGGGGCUGAUUUUCCUUCCUUUCCUUUCCUCCGAUUGGAGGUCUCUGAAACUCCAUCACCACUGCAUAAUAGUCGCACCCCUAUUUUUGGGUGUCAAAAUUGUUAUUUUUGUUUUCCUCACAUAAUAGUCGCAUCCCAUUUGGGGCUGAUUUUCCUUCCUUCCUUCCUUCCUUCCUUCCUUUCCUCCUCCGAAUGGAGGUCUCUGAAGCUCCACUUUUCUCUUCUCCCACCUUCCUCCUUCCGAGCCCUUAAGGCAGUUUACAAAACCUGGCAUUGAGUUCUUUGGAGAGUCAAGGAAAAAAGGGAUGAUGCCAGUUCCAGAGACCUGCAUUUCAGGUUUUGUAAAGUGCCUUAAGACCUCGAAGAAAGGAAGGAAAGAGAAAGGAGUGAAAAGAGGAGUUUCACAGACUUCCGUUUUUUAAUUUUUUGAGAAAAGAGGGAAAGUGCGACUCUUAUGUGGUGAAAUAUGGUAUUUGAUGGUCUUCCUAAGACAUUUCAGCACAUUGCCGGCUCAUUUUGUGCAAUCACUUGCUUCCUAAUUUAGAAGUAGACGCAACCAAGGAUAUUGUAGGAUUGUGUGCCAUUUCCAUCGUUGCUGCUGCUUUUUAUGCACUACUGAGAGAGAGAAAAUGCUACGCUUAGCAUGGAAACGUGUCCCACAUCGAAGUGCUUGAAAUUGCCGUCUUCUGACCUCAUCUUGGUUUAAAGUUUUAUUGGUUCCCGACCGAUUCGUCGUCGGAACCGUCAUGAAUGUGUUUAUUUGGGAUUUCCUUGGUUUCCCAGAUGGCUUUAUUGAAAAUAUAAUUAUAUUAUGUGUUACGUAUUCGUUUAGGAAAGCAAACAAGUUGCCGUCCUUAUUAGGAAACGCAAGUCCUUCCCGUAUUGGCAAAAAUGAAUGCUAUUGAUGAUGGUAUUGCAACUCCUAGCAACUCUUAGCAGAGACAAGGGUAAGGAAUGCUGGGAGUUGCAAUAAACAUCGUUUGGGACUUGGUAGGAUUUCCUCCAGCUCAGUUGAGUUGAAAACCUUCCACCGUAGAGGAAGAGAAGGUUUUCAAUUCGGAUUAUAGGAUGCCGCAGUGUAUUUUUGUAACAGAAUGGAUGUAUUACAUAUAUUUGUUUUGGGGGCCUUGAAAGUAUGGCUUGUGGUCUCAGUGUCUGGAAGGCUGUUAGGAAUUGUGGGAGUUGUAGUCCAAAAACACCUGGAGGGCCCAAGUUUGCCCGUGCCUGAUCUACACUGUAGAAUGGAUGCAGUUUGACACCACUUUGACUCCCACGGCUCAACAACAACAAAAACAACAACUUUAUUCUUGUAUCCCGCCACCAUCUCCCCAAAGGGACUCGGAGCGGAUUACACAGGGAUGAGCCCAACAACAACAACAUACCGUAUAUACUCGAAUAUAAGCCGACCUGAAUCUAAGCCGAGGCACCUAAUUUUACCACAAAAAAACCCUGGGAAAACAUUGACUCCAGUAUAAGCCAAGAGCGGUAAAUUUCAGAAAUAAAAACAGAUACAGUAGAGUCUCACUUAUCGAACAUAAACGGGCCGGCAGAACGUUGGAUAAGCAAAUAUGUUGGAUAAUAAGGAGAGAUUAAGGAGAAGCCUAUUAAACAUCAAAUUAGGUUAUGAUUUUACAAAUUAAGCACCAAAACAUCAUGUUAUACAACAAAUCUGGCAGAAAAAGUAGUUCAAAAUAAACAUGACAACAGGAUUUGCAAUCCAUGAUUACCUUGGAAUCCAGUCCAGAGCUUUGAAAAGUUACUUUUUUGGACUAUAACUUCUUAUUCUUCCCUGCUGCCAUUUUUUAAAUACUGUAUAUACUCGAGUAUAAGUCGACCCAAAUAUAAGCCAAGGCACCUAAUUUUACCACACAAAAAACUGGGAAAACUUUGACUCCGGUAUAAGCCGAGGGUGGUAAAUUUCAGAAAUAAAAAUAGAUACCAAUAAAAUUACAUUAAUUGAGGCAUCAGUAGGUUCAGUGUUUUUGAAUAUUUACAUCAAGCUCAAAUUUAAGAUAAGACUGUCCAACUCUGAUCCCAAUCAUUAUUCUCAUCUUCUUCAAUGUAAAUGUGCGUAUGUAUCCUUUUAAUAAUAAUAGAGUAAAAUAAUACAUGUAAUAAUAAAUAGAGUAAAAUAAUAAAUGCAAUAAUACUAAUAGUAAGAUCAGGGUGAAAUAAUGUAUUAUUAUUAAUAAUAAAAAUAGAGUAAAAUAAAUGUAAUAAUAGCAACAAUAAUAGUGAAAAAUAAUAAAUGUAAUAAUACCAAUAAUAAUAGAGAAAAAUAAUAAAUGUACCAUAUAUUCUUGGGUAUAAGCUGUCCCAAAUAUAAGCCAACCAGGACCCUCACCUGAGUAUAAGCCGAGGGGGGCUUUUUCAGUCUUAAAAAAAGGGCUGAAAAACUAGGCUUAUACUCGAGUAUAUACAGUAAUUUAUGUAAAACAAUAGUUAAAACAAUGAAACAAUAACAAUAAAAUGUAAAUAUCACAUAACAAUUCUUAAAAACUUGGAAGCCUGGGAGUUGUAGUUGUGCAAGCCUUCUCUGCCAAAGAGGGCUGGAGAACCUCACCAAACUACAAAUCCCACGUUUCCAUAUUAUCAAGCUAUAACAAAGUGGUGUCACACUGCAUUAAUUCCCCCGGAGUUUGCACGUCAAAAUAGUUUUAGCAAUGACAGUCGGAAUCACAAAGGAUUCUCCAGGUCUAUAUGAUGCAAUUUUUCAUCUUCUGAAACUUUGGGAGUUAUAGUUCUCCAAGGAAGAGAUAGCCAAAGAUCUGCAAGUUCCUCCCCCAAGUUACGUUUUCAAGACACUUUCUGCAAGCCGUGAAAAAUAAACGGGUAGAAACCGAUACCGAGUCGAUGGUGUGGCUCAAGCUUUCCUGUAUCAUAGGGGACCCUGUGCAAUAAGUGAGCAUGUGUCUAUUGAUUGUGCGUUGUUUUAUUUUGGCUCAAAAGUACAAUAAACAUCCACAUGCCUGA